AUGAACUUCACGGUGGGUUUCAAGCCGCUGCUCGGGGAUGCACACAGCAUGGACAACCUGGAGAAGCAGCUCAUCUGCCCCAUCUGCCUGGAGAUGUUCUCCAAGCCCGUGGUGAUCCUGCCCUGCCAGCACAACCUGUGCCGCAAGUGUGCCAACGAUGUCUUCCAGGCCUCUAACCCUCUGUGGCAAUCCCGCGGCUCCACAACUGUAUCUUCGGGCGGUCGCUUCCGCUGCCCAUCUUGCAGGCAUGAGGUUGUCCUGGACCGGCAUGGGGUCUACGGCCUGCAGCGGAACCUCCUGGUGGAGAACAUUAUUGACAUCUACAAGCAGGAAUCCUCCCGGCCGCUGCACUCCAAGGCUGAGCAGCACCUCAUGUGUGAGGAGCACGAGGAUGAGAAGAUCAACAUCUACUGCCUGAGUUGCGAGGUGCCCACCUGCUCUCUCUGCAAGGUCUUUGGGGCCCACAAGGACUGUGAGGUGGCCCCUCUGCCCACCAUUUACAAACGCCAGAAGAGCGAGCUGAGCGAUGGCAUCGCGAUGCUGGUGGCAGGCAAUGACCGCGUGCAAGCAGUGAUCACGCAGAUGGAGGAGGUGUGCCAGACCAUUGAGGACAACAGCCGCAGGCAGAAGCAAUUAUUAAAUCAGAGGUUCGAGACCCUGUGCGCGGUGCUGGAAGAGCGCAAGGGCGAGCUGCUGCAAGCGCUGGCCCGGGAGCAGGAGGAGAAGCUGCAGCGCGUGCGAGGCCUCAUCCGUCAGUACGGAGACCACUUGGAGGUUUCCUCUAAGCUGGUGGAGACCGCCAUCCAGUCCAUGGAGGAGCCGCAGAUGGCUCUCUACCUCCAGCAGGCCAAGGAGCUGAUCAACAAGGUCGGAGCAAUGUCGAAGGUGGAGCUAGCAGGACGGCCGGAGCCAGGCUAUGAGAGCAUGGAACAAUUCUCUGUGAGCGUGGAGCACGUGGCCGAAAUGCUGCGGACCAUCGACUUCCAGCCGGGCGCCGCAGGGGAUGAAGAGGAUGACGAGGUGACUUUAGAAGGGGACGAGAGCAACGCAGGGCUGGAGGAGGAGCGGCUGGACGGGCCAGAAGGUGAGAGAGUAGGACGAAGGCUUUGGGGUGAGGAGUGGUUAGUCAUUCUCCGGCUAUUGCCUUCCUAG